AUGGACAAACUCUUCACAGCAUCGUCACCCUUCUCCCAGGCAAACUACAGUCCUCUUCGGAAUCCACACGAACAAGACCAGGACGACGACGACCCGGCCAGUAGACCUCCUCACCGAUCACCUAUUCACCAACAUCACCAUCACCACCCUACCAACCCACAACCACAACAGUUCCGUCACCGGUCGCACAGUCAGAGCAGUAGCCGAGCCGCCAUAGCCUACUCCUCUCCCGAUCAUCAACAUCCUACAGGCUCUUUCUCAGAAGGCGAACAUGACUCUGACUCGGAGACACCCUUGACACCCUUCAACAAAACCAGCAACAGCAACAACCGUGCCUCUUCAGGAUCAGUUCGCAACUCUCCCUCGAUGGAUCGCAGCGGCGGUAUCUCUUCUGGGGCUGCUCGUCGAAUCAGUGGAGUCCGUCCUCAGUCCCUUGGCAGUACUGGCACUGUCGGCAUCAUUUUGCAGGGCGAGACCAUCAUUGCCUACAACAACACUCCAGCAUCGAUGACAGGCGGUAUUCUCCCUUUGUCAGCCAUGGAUUCCUCCUCAUCGUCAGAUGAUGAACCGUCCUCCCCUCCACCAAAAUACACCGCCGAAGACUUGGAAUACUCUGAACCCGCGGGACGGCCGUCACGACACUACAACAGAGAUGAAGAAGUCGGCUUGGGCUUUCAUGGACUCGAGGAUAGUCAAGGCGAUGGACUGUUGAUGCAGGCAUCAACAACGUUGAUCUUUGCUGUGAGCGGACUUAUCUGCGCUGGAUGGCUUCUUGAUCUGAUACAGCACUGGCAAGUGUUUAUCGAAAUCUCGGAACUCAUCAUCCUCAUCCCCAUUCUUCUCAAUCUCAAAGGCAACCUCGAGAUGAACCUUGCCAGUCGCCUCUCCACAGCUGCAAACUUGGGAUUACUGGAUCAAAAAGCAUCGCGCAACGCAUUCAUCAAAGGAAACUUGGGUCUUCUCCAACUCCAAAGUUUGGCCGUCGGAUCGGUUGCAGGAUUGUUCUCAUUCGGACUCGGGAUGGUGGUUCAUCCGACGACCAACAACUUUAACGAGAUUGCACUUAUGAUCACUGCGUCUAUGCUCUGUGCUGCCAUGAGCAGUUUUGUCCUGGGUGGAUUCAUGUGUGGACUUGUCCUUGUCUGCCGUCGUUACCGCAUCAACCCUGACAAUAUUGCAUGUCCGUUGGCAUCAUCGUUUGGAGACUUGGUAACGUUGGUCAUCCUGGCUGCAGUCUCCGUCUUCCUCCAAAAGUACAUCAACUCACCCCUGUCAGUCCUCAUGCUGGUCGUGUUGCUGGCUCUGAUCCCCGCAUGGGUGAUCUACGUUCGCAAGAACAAGUACGUUUGCGAGGUAGCCAAGGAAGGAUGGGGUCCCGUCUUUGCAGCGAUGGUGAUCGCCAGUACAGCAGGUCUGGUCCUCGAGCGGUACAUCAAUGAGUUCCCCGGGAUGGCUCUUAUCUCCCCAGUCUUGAACGGGCUUACAGGAAAUAUUGGAUCGAUCUAUGCCAGUCGAAUCUCGACUUCGUUGCAUGCAAGCGUCAAGGAGAAUUAUCGGGAGACGGAACGGACAUUGUUCUUGGUCCAUAUUCCUGUCCAGACAGUGUUCCUGACUGUGAUUGCGUUGUUGGGGUUGGGCCAUGUUCAGUGGACGGUGAUGGUUGUGUUGGGCUAUUGGGCUGUAGCGCUGUGUCUGGUUGUUAUUUCGUUGGCGAUGGCACGGCGAAUCACCCAUUUUUUCUGGAACCGUGGAUAUGACCCUGAUAACUAUGCCCUUCCCAUCCUGACAUCGUUGUUGGAUGUGAUUGGAACGGUACUGUUGGUCAUUGGGUUCUGGGCCCUCAGUUAUGGUGACCCAACCUCCAGUAGCGCGGGCGACCCAUAA